CUGUCCUGUCUGGCCGCCCGGUGUCUGCUCCGCCGCUCCGCGCUCUGCGGCGCUCCCACCCCGACCCCGAAGACUCUCCUCGUUCACCGCCCCGGCUCCCGGACCCCCCUUUCCACCCGGUGAAUGCACCAGCGCCGAAAACAUGACGGGCAUCGCCGCCGCUUCUUUCUUUUCUAAUUCCUGCAGGUUCGGGGGCUGCGGUCUCCAGUUCGAGUCUCUCGCCGAGCUCAUCGUCCACAUCGAGGACAAUCACAUCGACACAGAUCCACGGGUCCUGGAGAAGCAGGAGCAACAGCAGCCCACUUAUCUGGCCCUAAGUUACAUCAACAGGUUCAUGACAGAUGCAGCACGCCGGGAGCAGGAGACCAUGAAGAAGAAGGUCACGCCCAAACUGUCCCUGUCCAUCACUGGCGGUGUGUCCAGGAACAGCACGGCCACGCCUCCUCGCCACACCAGCGGUAACCUGACGCCUCCCGUCACUCCCCCAAUCACCCCCUCCUCCUCCUUCCGCAGCAGCACGCCUACAGGCAGUGAGUAUGAUGAGGAGGAGGUAGACUAUGAGGAGUCGGACAGCGAUGAGUCGUGGACCACAGAAAGCGCCAUCAGCUCUGAGUCCAUCCUAAGCUCCAUGUGCAUGAACGGGGGAGAGGAGAAGCCGUUCGCCUGCCCCGUCCCCGGCUGCAAGAAGAGAUACAAGAACGUGAAUGGUAUCAAGUACCAUGCCAAGAAUGGCCACCGCACGCAGAUCCGUGUGAGGAAACCCUUCAAGUGUCGCUGUGGCAAGAGCUACAAGACCUCGCAGGGCCUGAGGCACCACACCAUCAACUUCCACCCGCCCGUCUCCACGGAGAUCCUGCGCAAGAUUCAAGGCUAGAGCCCGUGGUCACACCAGCGAACUACCCCAAACAUAGCCCUAUCCCAACGCUCCUUACCCGACCCUUUUAUACACAUCCCACACACUAAAGGAUCAAGUGCAUGCUUUAAGUUUUUUCAUUUACUUUUUUUUUCAUCUUUUUGUUUGUCAUGUUUUUUUAUCCAUGUUAUAUCACUUGUAUUUUUGAAAACAAAUGUAUCUUUGUAGUAUUUUUUAAUGUUGUACAUUUGCACAUUCGUAUAUGCUAUCACGUUACUCUUUUUCUAUUGUUUGACUCACACAAGGUGCUAACUGUAAAAAACAACAGAAAGAAAAGACAAAAAAACAAAACGACAUGAAAGAAGAGAGGGGAAACGGAAAAGAUGUGAAACAGGAAGCGCAAACGAGCCCUGCCCCUUUUCCCACUCUGUCUUCGAGUGGGACGAAGGUGACACGUGUGCUGAUCUGAGUUCAGUGGCCGUUACACUCCCUCUCCAUUGGAUGCGGAGAGUUCGCUGAGCUUAGAUCUGUGCCUUCGCAGUAACUUCUGGGGGUUUAGGUGCGAGAGUUAAGUUAUACUUUAAAUAGAUAUAUUGAUAUAUAAACAAUAGAUAUGUAUGUGUACAUAAAAAUAUAUAAAAGUAUUCAUGAGCAUAUACAUAAAUAGUUACACUUUAUUUUCAAGCUUUAUUUUAUAUAUUUCUGUCAGUGUUUUAGGUAGUGUUUUUUUUUUUCUUUGUAUCAUUAAGUGUUCCUUUCAUUCCUUAUUUGCUGAGAUGGCCAGUUUCGUCAGCUGAGAGGUCAAAGUCUAACAGCUGGCUGACUUCAGGUUCGGAGAGCCAGGUUUUCUCUCGCCACAUCCUAGAGGUUAGGAGCCAACACGCCUUCCGUUUGACACGCUCCAAAUCUCGUGCGAUGUUUCGCCAUUGAUCAGGAGGGGGCGCUCAGCGCUGAACGUAUUAGAACACGGCCGAGGCCGGUAACCCAUACCUUAAAGUUUUCAUCCCCACAGAAAGCCAUCCAUGUCUUUCAUAUCUCCAGUGUUUCCUCAUUCAGAGUGCCAGAGCUGUGCUCCAGAGACUUAGCCGUGGAAGCAGGUUAAGCAUCAUACAGUUGCCAAGAUCUUUGUUGUUUAGUUUUUCCAUGAUUGUUGCCAACAGCUCUCCACUGCCAAACAUUGACCAUACCAUGUGCCUGAUUGGGGGUGGGGGGUGGCUAAGGAGUUGUAAUGAUCUCACCCUGGAGGUCGCCAAACGCGUGGCAGUAGUUUUCUUCUUCACGCGCCUCCGAAAUGUGCGAAUGAGUGGAUGUACAUCGACGGAAUGUUUUCAUGCAUGCUUUCUGUGUCGUAACACGAGAAACAAAGUGCGAAGGAAGACGGCGGAUUUGUAUUUGAAAGAGAUUACCAUCUACAACCUGUCAUUUGUCUGUGUUGUAGACAAGAGCAUUCCAGUUCACUGUAUGUAUGUGUGUGACGUGUGUGAAUGCCGUGUGUGUGUGUGUGUGUGUGUGUGUUUUUCAGCAGUGUCCAAGUCAUCAGCCUAUAGAGUGUUACUGUAUUCUGUGUUUCAGUGAUCUGUUGUGUUUUCUGCGCCAGGCCGCCGGUUCGACUCCUGUGGAGCAGGAUGGCUGGCCGGCUGGCCGGUGGCGUUGCGUCAUGUAGUGUAGCCGCGGCCAACUGGUCCCUCUGACUGGGAUUUCAUCAUUCAUUGCCUCUAGAAAAACAAGAGCGGUGCGGUGCAGCCCCGCGAGCCAAGACACACUGAUUCGCGACAUCAUUUCCCUCAUCGCGCACGACAUUUUUUAUUCCGUGGAAGGCUCGAAGCAUGGGCUGUUUCUCUUUUGUUCAUGUGAUGGGUACAGUGACUUCUGACAUGCACACACCCUCCUGUCCUCCAAGCUGCUGUUGCCAUGGAAACCACUGGGUUAGCAUGGCAAAGACACCUUUUUGUUUUGUAAAUCCACGUUGUGAUAAUGCUUCAGUUUUUACUUUGUCUUUACAAGGCAGGUACCAGAUUUUCUUCUGGUAUUUGUUUAUUUAACCCCCUAAUUUACGUAGGAGGUUAAAUGAACAUAUUAUUUAAACCCCCUUAUAUAUCCUUUUCAUACUUUAGUAAUUACCAUGCGCCUGUACUGUACUUUCAAUGCCUUUAAGUAGUGUGCUACCUGAUAAAUAAGCACAAAUGUGGCCUGAGAGACAUCCACAUCUAUUCUGAAGCACCAAGAAGUGGUCCUAAAAUCCUGAUAUCAAUUACAAAGAACAUCUUUGGACGUACUAACCUGACAGUAACCCUGAGAUAAUGGUCUGUGUGAUAGAAAAGCUUCAUUCCUGCAUUUAAGCGUAGGGGAAGAGUUUUCGAGGCUGGGAUCAGAGCAGACCUGAAGACAGACGGAGACUGAGAGUCUCCCGUUAGCUCUGUCAAACACUCGUAAAACCAUCCCCGCUUCACGGACACCGCCGUCACCAUGGCAAUAGUUUCAGCGUAACACUGGGGCCAAUUGCAGUAUUAGACAUAUGGGAGAGGAGGAGUGGAGGCUGUGUGCAGGAGCAGGAGAUGAGGGAGGGGUUUCAGUAUACCAUGUACAGUGAAUGUAUUGUAACGUGUGUCUGUUUGUCAAGUGCUUUUAAAUUAUAUUUUCGUAUGUAACGUGGAGACCGAUGUUUCCUUUUUGUAUGGGGGACAACAGGUUCUGAGCAGAGUAACUUGUAAAUGAUGUCAAACUGUCUUUCUAUAUAAAAGAGAAGCUGCUUAAAUGUAAACAGGAAAUGACUGAAAAAAAAAGAAAAAUAAAGUAAAAAG